CUUGGUCAUCGAUGCGAUGGAUCUUGAACUAUGCGGGAAGAUGAUCCGGUUGACAGUUCGACUUGGGAAGCCCAUGGAUACAUGACUCCGCCGCUGGAUUUAUGAUCCGUGACGAGUUUGCCGUACGGAGCGUUUCUGUACCUGUAGGGCGAAUCUGGGCGAUCGCUUAACAGUCAGUCAUGACGACACGACAGAAUGAUGAGCGACGACCCAACCAUACGGUCGACAGUGCUGAUUCCAUCUGCACGAUCUCUUGCACAAGCUAUCUGAUGACGAGUCUCAAGCAUAAGUAUGGUGACAUACAGUCUAGAAAGGUGAAUUAGACCAUCCCAACACUGUAUCAACAAUGCAGUA